UUUCAAAACACUGUCCUUUUUUUUACUUUUCUUAAUUGUAUUUUUCACACUUUUUAUAAAUUGUCUUGAAAUGGAUCAAUGGAUUAAAGAAGGUUUAUCAAGAAUCUUGGAUUUUCAAAUUCCUGAAGAUCUCAUCAACUAUAUAAAUUCUAUUGAAAACGAAAAUGACUUAAAUGAAUACAUGAAAACUCUAUUGGAUUUCGACAAUUCUCAACAUAAGUCAUUUUUCCUGGAACUUUGUAAAAAGAAGUUCCCCAAUAGGGGUAAUACAAUAACAAGGCCGCAAAAGAAAAAGAUUUCAAAAAAUAAACAGCAACAAGACAUAAAUGUAGAAGUGCCAGUACCACAAGUCGCACAGCUCCCAGAAGCAGAUUCAAAGACUAAAAAGAAGACUAAGUAUGUCAAUUUGUAUUCCCAAGAGGGAAAAAAUGCACAAGUUGUUUUGCUUAAAGGUAGGCACCAUUGUGAUUGUCAAGCGUCUAAACAUGAGUUGAUCAACAACUGUCUGCAGUGCGGCAGAGUUGUCUGCAAACAGGAGGGCUCAGGCCCUUGUCUAUUCUGCGGAAAUCUUGUUUGUACUCCCGAAGAACAGAAGGAAAUUAAUGCAAAGACAAAAGCAAGCGCUAAGCUUGUGGAGUCUUUGAUGGAGAGGAACAGGCCUAAAGGUUGGGAGGCGGCUGUUUCACACCGGAAUAGAUUACUAGAGUAUGAUCGUACUAGUGAGCGUCGUACUCGUGUGACGGACGAUGACAGCGACUACUUCAGCGCGUCCAGCGUAUGGCUGAGCGCGGCGGAGCGCGACAAGCUCGCUAAGUACCAGCAGACCUUGCAUGACAAGAAGCACGCCUCCAGACUUACUAAGAAGAUGACCUUCGACUUUGCAGGUCGUCAAGUGAUAGAAGACAACAGCAUAGACUACGAGGUGGAUGAGGAGCAGGUGCGGCAGCUGUCGGGCGGGGGUGGAGGUGGUGGGGGCGGGGGCGGAGGGCCGCAGCCGCUGCUGCAGGGGCUGCUCACUGACACCGACAGAGAUGUUGCCCCUGGAGUUAACGCACCGCUUUUACAGCCUUUUCUAGGUUAUUGUUAUUUUUCAGAAAAACAAAUAAAGUUCCCGACAUUCUACCCGACUGGUUGCCUGCUCGGCUGCGUGCAUGUGGAUGAUUGUUUGCCGCAAGAGGAGUAUGACAAAAUAUAUCCUGAGGGCGAGAGUGACAGUCCAUAUGUGUUCAUAUGUUCUAAUCCGAUCAGUCUGCGGUUACGGUUCCCUAUAAAGGGACAACAUAAGAUAUAUUCCUUAGAUAAGAGCAUUCAUCAAGCGGCAGUGAAAUGUAUGCAGAAAAUGUCCAAAUUACAAGCAAUACAAGCUAACGCUGCUUGAAUUUGUAAAAUAAAAAUGUAAAAUUUUAUUGUGUUGUUUAAAUAAAAGA